AUGAUCGGUAAAUCCUUGGCUGUUGCGAGCUUCCUUGCCGGCACUGCCGUCGCCGAGACUGUCCACGGCGUGGUCGUCUUUACCCGCCAUGGAGACCGCAACACGAAGCACUAUGGAGCUCAAGCCAUCACAAGUGUUGGUGCGAACCAGUGCUUCCAAGUCGGCAGUGACUACCGCAGCCGCUACCUUGAGUCCGGGUCCCCUCACCAGAUUCUGAACAUUUCCGAGGACAAGUACGUCUCGUCGCAGAUCUACGCCAGUGCCCCGGACCAGAGUCUCCUCAAGAACUCAGCCACGGCCUUCCUCCAAGGUCUCUACCCUCCUCUAGUUGACCUGGAUGCCGAAAUCGCCACCACCACUCUCAACAACGGCAGCGAAAGCACAAGCCCGCUGAAUGGAUAUCAGUAUGUGUUCCUUCACGGCGAGAACGCGAACUCCCCGGACACCAUCUGGAUCAAGGGUGACGAUGGCUGUCCCGCCAACGCGGCCGCCUACAAGUCUUUUGAGCAGAGCGACGAGUUUAAGACUCGCAUGGAGACGACCAAGAAUUUCUAUGGCGGCCUAUACGAUGUCCUCGAGAGCGUGUACGACUACAAGCCUGAGAACAUGACUUACAAGAAUGCCUAUGACAUCUUUGACCUCAUCAACGUUGCUCGCAUCCACAACAGCACCUCCCUGGCUCGCAAUGUCACGGAUGAGGAGCUCUUCCAGCUGCGCACCCUCGCCGAUAGCUCCGAGUUUGGAUACAACUUUAACGCUUCCCAGCCGGCGCGGGCCAUCCACGCGCAGACUCUGACAGCCGGCAUCCUCGCCCAACUCAACCAGACCGUCACCUCGAAGGGCAAGCUCAAGUUCUCCCUGCUCUCCGGUAGCUACGACACGUUCCUCGCCUUCUUUGGUCUCGUCGACCUCGUUCCUCUCUCGGUCAACUUCACCGGUCUCCCGGACUAUGCUUCCACCAUCGCCUUCGAGCUGUUCAGCGACAACACGACGACGUUCCCCGACAACGCCGACGACGACCUCCGCGUGCGCUUCUUGUUCCGCAACAGCACCUUUGGUGAGCUGACACCGUACCCCCUAUUUGGAACCAACGAAGAGACUCUAUCUUGGCCGCGCUUCGUGUCAGAGAUGCAGGAGCGUGCGAUCAGCACCGUCGGAGAAUGGUGCUCUGUCUGCUCUAGUGUCGCGGACUUCUGUUUCGCCAACCAAGAGGCAGCCUCAAGCUCUGAUUCUGGCAAGAGCAGCGGCGGCAUGUCCAACGCUGUCGCCGGUGUCAUUGGCGCCAUGGUCACCCUCGGUGUCGUGGCUAUUGUUGGUGCCAUCGCGUUCGUCAUGCUGCGAAAGCGUCGCUCAACGCCUCCUACUGCUGCACCUAGCCAUGGUCAUGGUGCAGAGAAGUCUAGCCUGCGCAGUGGAGGAAGCGGUAGCGUCUAA